AUGUAUCGACCAAAUAUGGAUUCGAUACCGAUCUAUCCACUACCACCCAGCUAUUCUCUACAAUUAUAUAAAGACGAUGCAAAUGACAUACAGAAAUGGAUUGAAAUAGUCAUGGCUGCAGGAGAACUUAGAUCGGUUGAGAAAGGUCUGGAGAUGUUUGACAAAUACUUUUCAAAGACCAAACAUAGAAAACCACUGUCUGAACGUAUCCAUUUUCUGGCAAAUGCCGAUGGAAAAUAUAUUGGAACAGCGGCUGCAGGAAUCUACGAGGUCGACGGACAAGAAUACGGAAGUCUUGAUUGGGUAUCAAUUAUACCAGAAUAUCAAGGGAAAAAAUUGGCCAAACCAAUGGUAUCUGCGGUAUUGCACAAAGUGGCUGAAUAUGCCAACAAAUGUUAUCUUGAGUCACAAACAACAAGCUGGAGAGCAAUAAAUAUGUAUGCCGAUUUUGGAUUCGUACCGUAUAUUAAAACGAAUGAUUGUCAAAAAGCUUGGCAAUUACUAAGCAAAUUGUGUCAACGAAAGUUUAUUGAAGAGACCAAUUAA